CUCACCGAGGUCGGACGUACAGGGCUCGCGACUCGACACAGUUUACUUCCCGUUCUUCGUAUCGUAUCUAGAAAUUAUAAUUUGAAAUCGGCCCGACGAGCUCUUGAUAUAGUCGAUUUAGGGCCUACUGAUAGUCUUCAAGCCUCUUCUGUUUAUAUAUUACAUUGAUAAGAUAGUAUGGCGAAUCGAACAAGGUGACAGGCGGGCGUGAGUGAUUUACGUAAUACACUGCUUGUCAGCAUAGUUCACAUCAACCUGCUGACUAGCUUACCCCAGUUUUCGGCCUUAUGUGUCAGGUUCUGACCAGCCGUCGAAAUCACUGCCUAGGUUAGGGGAAUCUUCAAGUGGAAAUCAGAAAGAAUGUCUCUACAGGACUUGGAAGAUGCCAGUGGCUGUACCAGAGCGCAGCUGAUUGAAUGGGAAGGAGUGUAUUUCCCCUGCUACCCCGACAUUCGCAAGAAUCUUGAUAUUCUUCAGCAAAUCCCUGUCCGUGACUCUGACACAUUCCUGUGUGGUUUCCCCAAGUCAGGCUGCCACUGGACACUGGAAGUGAUGCACAUGCUUAUACAAGGCAAAACUGAAUACUACCCCCUGUCACACUUUCCACUGGCAGGCCUAAGCCAUGAAUACCUGGAAACACAGUUGACGACUCCUAGAAUUCUGGCAGCCCAUCUUCACCAUAGACAUGCUCCAAAGGAUUUGCUCAACAAUGCAAAAGUGAUUUAUAUCAUCAGAAACCCCAAAGAUGUUGCUGUCUCACUGUACAACUUCUGCAAAACUUACCAAUAUGCAAAAUUUAAUGGGGAAUGGAGUGAUUUUCUCCCCAUGUUUUUAUCAGGGAAAGUAAUAUAUGGUAACUGGUGGGAACAUGUUUUAGGGUGGAAAGAAGCGGCUAAAAGUAACCCUAACAUUCUCUUUGUGGCCUAUGAAGACAUGAUACAGAACCUUGAAGUGGAAGCAGGAAGAAUAGCAGAACAUCUCUGCUUACCUCGAAGUAGUCAGUUCUUAAAGGAAGUUGCUGACAAGUGCAAUUUUCAAUCAGUGAAAGAUGCCAAGUCACAUACAAGAUAUACAUUAUUUAUGAGAAAAGGUGUUGUGGGAGACUGGAAGAACUAUUUCACUGUGGCCCAAAAUGAAAUGUUUGAUAAAGUACAUGAAGAAUACAUGAAGAAUUCAGAUAUUCAAGUCAAAUUUGAAAUAUAAUUCUCCUACAAGGAAUAAUUAUUCAUUUAAUUUAAAUAACUGUAAUAUCAGAUUUGAAUUUUACUUUUGUUCUACUUAAAUGCCAAAAGUACUUUCUUGCUGCUUUUUAGAACAUUAUAUUGCCAAUUUAUUUCACUGGCAUUUCCAGUCAAAGGUCUUGUGUUAGAUUAAUGUAGUAGAAAUGCAUGCACACACAUAAUAAUGAUGAUAUGUAGACACCUUUAUUCUUCAAUUUUUAAAUCAUUGGUAUAUUUUGCUCAAUUAUUGCACUUAUUAACACUUCUAGCAAAACAAUAUCUAAAAAUGUCUUAAAUGUAAAUAUAAUUGCACUUCUUUUAAAGAUAUCGAUAUUUGUAUAUGGUUUAGCUAUUUCAAAAAAGUUAAAUGUGUAUCUGUUUUAAGAUAUGAUUUUGUACUAUCAUAUGGACGUUACAUCACAAGCUAUAAUAACUAAUGAUCAUCGCAGGAUACAGGCACCUGCAUACAAAUUUGCAAAGUAAAAAUGUAUGAGAACACAUCAACUAAACAUUUUUGUUUUAAUCUGUUUGGAAUCUUGGGAUAUUAUUUUGAAAUAUUUUAAAAUGUCAUACAGUUUCAUGAA